AUGAAUUCAAAAAAUCAGAAUGGUAAAAAGGAAUACUCUACUUAAGAGUAUAGUAAAGCUGUUAAAAUUUUAAAGUUAAAUGCCAUGCAAUUAGCCAAUUAAAACAAAGAAAUAGAAACUAAAAUAGAGGCAUUAUAAAAGCUAUUAAAUAAAAAUUCUACUCGCAAUAAUUUAUUAGAUCGUGCAAUCAUUUUAAAUUCUAAAACUGAUAUUUUGCAAAAAUAUACUUAGCAAAAGAAGGAUGAUUAGAAAAACAAAGCUAUUAGAAGCGUAAAAUCACAUGCUGCGGCAACAUCUGAUAAACAAAGUCUAACCACUUUGAAUGAAGAAGCGAGCAAUUUUAUUCCCUUAAAAAAAGAAUAACUAUUGAAGUAUUUUAAAAAUUUAUUGAUAUAAAAGUGUAUAAACUAUGAAAUGAUUUUUCGUUGUUGUGAUAGAGAGUAUAAAGGAUAAGUAAUAGUAGAGGACUUUAAGCUAUUUAUUUCUUCAAAAAUUAACUUAAAUGGAGAAUUGACUAUAGAGUAAAUUAAUUUUUUAAUUUAAUGCUUUGACGAAGAUUGCAGUGGGGCUAUCAGUUUUGAAGAGUACAAUAAAUGCUUAUCAUUCUAUAAUUUGAAUGAAAAUCCUAAUAAACUGACAGAAUAGAGAACUUAAGAGAAGGAGUUGAUGUUUAGGCUAGUUAAAAUAUUUGAUUCCCUGCUUAAAUCUGAAAGAACUAGUUUUGCUACUGUUUUUGAUAUUAUUUAUAAUAAAUAUGAAGGGAAAAAUGGAUAACUAAAACCUACUUCAUAAAACAAAAUGGAUAAACAAUCAGCAACAGAUUUAAAAUUAAAUUUAAAAUAUAUUUAAGAAUACCUUGAAGAAAAUAAGCAAACUUUAAAAGAUAUGGAGAUAUUUGCUAUGAGUAGAGUUUUUGACCCAAUGAAAACAGGGUUUGUAGAAAAAAAAUAAUUUGUUAGAGAAUUGAAUUGUUACUAUCGUAUGCUUUAUGAAAUUGAUAUUGAUAGAGAGAUGUAAUCAUUUGCAGCUCUGCUUAAGUAAUUUAAGGUUGAUCCUAUUCAUGUUUAUAAAAUAGCUGAUAUAGAAGAUACUAAAAAUGUUAAAAAGACAGAUCUUAUCAAGGCUGUUGUAAAACUAGCUCCAAGAAUAAAUGCAUAACUUGUAGAUCACUUUUUAUCUAUUAUAGAUAUAAAUAAGAAUGGUGAAAUUGACGAAAAUGAAUAUUUUGUUGCUCUUAGUUAAGACGAAUCUAAUGUUUUAUAUGACUUUUAAUAAAAUUCUUAGUUGGCUGAUACAUCAUCAGAUAAAUAAAAAAUUCUAGAUAAAUUUCACACUUUUAUGACUAAAAAUCAUCUCAAUCCUGAAUUGCUAUUUGCAAAAAUAGAUAGAAACGGAAAUUAAGAAAUAUCUCUAAUUGAGUUAAAAUUUGCUUUACUUGACCUCGGAUUUGAAUUAUAAUAAAUAGCUCAAAUUAUGAGAAUUUUUGAUACCAACCAUGAUUAAAAAAUUGAUUUAAAUGAAUUCGUCACUACAUUGUAGGGCGGAAAAAUGGUUUAGCAUGGUUUUGAAAAAGACAUUUAAGAAAUCAAUAAAAAUAGGAAAAGUCUUUAAUAGAUAUAAGAUUUAAGAUCAUAAGCAGAAUUGUCAAAUGUCAUUUAAUCAGUUUAGAGAGAGGAGAUUAUGAAGAGUAGCAAAGAUAUUAAAAAAUAACCUGAUGUAAAAUCUAAAGAUAAAUUUAACAAAGACUCAGUUCCAGACUUCCUUUAAGGAUAAAAUUAAGAGUAAGUAGAAGUUAAGCAAUUAAACAUUCCUGAAGUUAAUGAUGUUAGCAUUAUUGAGUAAGAAUAAGACUAUAAUAACCAAAGUUUUGAUGAAGAUAAUCCUAUUUAAAAAAAUAACAGUUCUAAAUAAAAGUAUAGUAUAGUGAUUAAUAACCAAAGUAAAGAUGUAAAUGGAUAAGAAAUAUAGUAGGAGGAAGAUUAUCAGUAGGAUUUUGAUAAUAGUGGAAACGCAACGCCAGUUAUUAAUAAUUUGCAAGACGAUGAUCCAUUUAAAAAUAUGAGAAAAUAAUCUUCAAAGAUGGAUUUAAGCCAAGAUCUUUUGAACAAAUCUCAUAACAGCUCUUCUAAGCAAAAGAGUGUAAAAUUUAGCUUAUUUGAAAGUGCUAAGAUUGAAGAUCUCAUACUUAAUGAAAAUCCAAUAGACUUUGACAAGUUCUACUAAGAUCUUGAUAACAAACCAUACGAAGACUCUGAAUUUCCACCAAAAUUAGAAAGUUUAACAAAAGAUGUUAAAACUUUUGAAAAGGCAAAAAAUAUGAUUUGGAAAAGAGCAUCUGAUAUUUAUAAUGACUUAAAAGUAUUCUUUGAUAGAGUUGAACCAGAUGACAUUAAAUAAGGUGGUCUUGGUGAUUGUUAUUUCUUAAGUAGCUUAAGUGUUUUAGCUGAACGAGAAAAUUUGAUCACAAGGCUUUUCAUCACUAAAAACUCUAAUCCUUGUAAGGUUUACUCUGUGUGGAUUUGUAAGGAUAGUGAAUGGGUUCAAGUAAUUCUUGAUGAUUAUUUACCAUGCAGAAAAGAAGAUGGUAUGCCAGCAUUCUCUAGUGCAAAUGGAGAUGAGUUAUGGGUAUUAAUUUUAGAAAAAUGUUAUGCAAAAAUAUAUGGAGCUUAUGAUAAGAUUGAAGCUGGACUUACUGUAGAAGCUAUCAAAGACUUAACUGGAGCUCCUGGAAAAACGAUAAAAAAUGAUGAUGCAGAGCUAGUUUGGGAUUUUAUAUACACAAACGAAUAAAAGAAGCAUUUGCUCACUUGUGGUUCGUAGUCUGACAACAGAGGUAUCGAAACAAAGAAAGAAUCAGGUAUAGUUUCUUCUCAUGCCUAUGGCAUUCUAGACGCCUAAGAAGUUAAAACUAAAAAAGGACUUGCAAGAUUAAUUAAAAUAAGAAAUCCUUGGGGAAGUAUGGAGUGGAAAGGUGAUUGGAGUGAUAAUAGUAAAUUGUGGACUGAAGAAAUCAGGAAACAAUUAAACUAUUAUGAUUCAAAAGAUGAUGGUAUAUUUUGGAUGGAUGUAAAGGACUUUGUUAAAGAGUUUGCUGAAACUUCUGUUAAUUAUAUUAAUGAUGACUAUUAUUACAGUUGGUAUAAGUUGGCAAACUUUAAGAAGUAGUAGUGCCUCUUUUAGUUCGUAGUAAGCAGAGAUACUCAUUGCUAUGUUAUGCUCAGUUAAAAGAGUGAUAGGCAUUUUGCUAAAACCAAGACAUAAUACAAAUACAGCAUGCUUAAAUAAUUCUUAUUUGAAAUAAAUCCUACUACUCUGGAACCCAUCCGUUAUGUUGGAGAAGAUUACACACCAUUUAGAGAAGGUUAUAUUGAAGCUAAUUUAUCACAAGGUACUUACUGCUUAGCUGUAGAAAUACCUUGGAUUCAAACGAUUGAUAAUGAUGCAGUGAUUAGCAUCUAUUCAUCAUAAAAAGUAAAAUUUGAAUAUUUUUGA